AUGCGCGUCUUGCCCGUCCUCCUAGCAGCCCGCGUGGCGUCAGCCCACUUCGUCGGCGUGCGCCAAAUCACCACCGACAACAUAACCGGCAGCGACGUCCAGAUCUCCAUCAUCCAGUCCUCGACAACGACCGAGGCGUCCUCGGCCGGCAUCACGACGGACAUCUGGACGACACUACCCCCGAGCAGCGACAUCAUCUCUUCGACCGACAUCUCAUCCGCCACAACCACCGGCACCAGCAGCAGCCAGGAGCCGACGGGGUCGCCCGUCAUCGUGCCCUCCGCCAACGUGACAAGCACGAGCACGUCGUCCUCUGUCUCGGCGCCGGCGAACACGACGACAGUCACCCACCCCGACCCCAAGAACGGCGACGACACGUGGGAUGUGGGCGGCGACGACAUCCCCCUCCCGCCCGCGAUGCGCGCCGACGAGAUGGUCCUCACGCUCGCGUACACUGCCAACGCGAACCAGACGCAGUGCAGGGCCAUGGCGGCGGACUUUGCCAGCGGCGCAAGUACCGCGGUACGCCGGCACCUCGCUGGCGUCGACUACGUGCGCCGCCGCCGUCGCGGCCUCAUCCCCCAGCUCUGCCUGCCGGCAGUGUACACCAUUCAGGCGACGGUGCACUGGGUCAUGCCGGCCGGCAAGGAGCGCGCCACGUGGGUGGACAGCAAAGCGUGGCAAGAGCAGCUCAAGCUCACGCGCGCCCAACUGAAAACGAUCAACGCCGCGCUCAACAUCAACGAGUACUGGAUCUGGACUGGGCCCGGCGCAGAAAAGUUCACGGAUAAGCCAAAGUCGGAUAGUAAACUCGAAUGGGCCAAGGCGUGGGUUGGGAUGGCGAAGAAAAGGAUCGGGACAGAGGCGUACAAGCACCUCAACAUCUUCGUCGUCGAGGACGCGGGCGAGACAGCGGCCGCGUACGCCAAUUUCCCCGGCACCGCUGCGCUCAAGUCGACCCCUGAUGCGCUGGUGAUGAGCGCGUACACCGUGCUGAACAACUUCGGGGGCCUGCCAGAGUGGACGGUCAACAACGACGAGUGGGGCACGACGCUCGCCCACGAGAUCGGGCACUGGCUCGGCCUGUACCAUAUCCACCAGGGCGGGUGCGCGUCCAAGACGGGCGACUACGUGUCCUCGACGCCGCAGUACGGCCGGUCCGAGAACCCAGACUACAGCAAGCGGUGCGACGGCACGCCGAUGGGCGGCAAGCGCGGGCUCAACGAGCACAACCUCAUGUCGUAUGCGUCCGGCCGCACGCGCAGCGACGGCUUCUUCACUCGCGACCAGGCGGUGCGCGCGUACGUGGGGUACAUGCUGCGCCGGGAGAACAAGUUUGGCAACGACGUCACGGACGACACGAAGAAGUUUGUCGGCAACUGCCAGCAGAAGCUCCGGCGUGACGCGUCGCCAGACGCCAAAGCCGAAGCCGAGCGCAUCGUCGUCCCGCGCGACCUCGCGCCGCUGUCCCGCCGCCAGACGACCGACCUGCUAGCCAAGUACUGCGAGCGCACCGACCUCGUGGUGGAGAACCACGACUUCUCAGAGUACGCCAUCAAGGGGCUGUACAACGCCGACAGCCCGCCGCUGCCGGAGCAGCCGGCCGCGCCGGCGCUCCCGCCCGUGUCGAGCGCCGAGGUGCAGCAGCAGCCCGAGGCAGGCGGCGAGACGGGCUCCAACGUCGACGACGUCUACGCCCAUGUCAAGCAGCAGUACGACCAGACGGGCAGCGUCACGGCCGAGAACAACAAGCCAGAGGUCCCGCCCGACCUCCAGAACACGGGCACGUCGGGCGAUGCUGGCGGUGGCGGCGGCGGAGCGGCGUCACCGAGCUCCAAGCCCAAGGGGAGUGCAGGGCAUGUUGCGCCUGGAGUGCUCUUGCCUCUGGUGGCGCUCGUCUUCGCGUUGUGGUAG